AUGCUCGGCGCACACCUCUGGCAGAGAGGGCAGGUAUCAGUGCCGAGGCUCCUGACUGACUGACACUCCCGGCUCGACUCACACAUCAGCGCGCGGCGGCACGAGGCAGGAGGACACGCGGCCGAGGAUCACCCGGAGCCUCUGAGCACUAUCACCCCGACAGCGGACCCACCCCGGGCACAGGUGAGAGGAAACUUCGGCCCCUUCCCGGUGCGGAGUGUCCGGAUUUGCGCUUUUACGCACAGCGGAGAGUCACCAUGGGGGGAGUGGGAGUGUGAGCUCCCCGAGUCCGCGGACCUGGACUGACUGGACGGCGGGUCGUUGAAGAGUUGAGCGCUCGGUCUGCAGCGGUGCUCACGAUGUUCCAGCACGGCGGAAACAAGAAGUGCUUCACCAUCGAGUCUCUGGUCGGGAAGGACGGAAGCAAUCACGGCGGCGGCUCCGGGGAGGAGCCCAUCCGGCCCACGGCGCUGCGCUUCCCGGACUCCCUGCACCCGGCCGCUGCCGCCGGAGUGUUCGGCUCCUGCUUCCAGGGGAGCAACGGGAGGACUUUGUUCCCGGACAUGGUGCUGCAGGAGCCCGGCACACACGCACAGGGCCCCGGCGGGCUGCCGCUGCACCCGCUGCAGAUCCCCCCGCAGAGCUUCUUCAGCCCGCAGCACCGGGACGCGCUCAGCUUCUACCCGUGGGUGCUGCGGAGCCGGUACCUGGGACACCGCUUCCAAGGUGAGGACAGCAGUCCGGAGAACCUGCUGCUUCACGGUCCAUUCUCCAGGAAACCCAAACGGAUCCGGACGGCGUUCUCGCCUUCGCAGCUGCUCCGCCUUGAGCGAGCCUUUGAGAAAAAUCACUAUGUGGUCGGAGCGGAGAGGAAGCAGCUGGCCAGCGGGCUGUGCCUGACCGAGACACAGGUGAAGGUGUGGUUUCAGAACCGCAGGACGAAGCACAAGCGUCAGAAGUUGGAGGAAGAGUCUCCUGAAGCUCAGCAGAAGAGGAAGGGCAGCCAGCACGUGAGCCGCUGGAGAGCUGCGACGCAGCAGGCCAGCGGCGAGGACGUGGACGUCAUUAGCGAGGACUAG